AUUAAAACUGGUGGGUAAAAAUUUGUGGCCCAAACAAAAAACAGUCCAGCUCCUAAGCGAUCUAAGCGAUCCAAACAAGGAGGGGCGGGCAUCAGUUUCACGCUAACGGCAAACCAGCACCGCAGCCCGCGCUCCCGACUCCCGCAGCAUUCACGCAAACGGCAUCAGUAAUCGUCGGACUCUCGCCUUCUGCUCGCCGACUAGCCGGAGACGCACUCACGCACGACGCACUCACGCACGACGCACCCUAAGCUGCUAGGCUGCACCGCCUGCACGGUGACUCGCCAGCUCGCCGGACUGUCUUUUGGUCUCCGGUCUCCAGAAUCCAGCAGAAUCGCUGCUUCAGCCUUCAAGCAGACCCGCAGUUCUUCUAGUCGGCCCAGGGUAAAUAUCGGUCCUGGCUACGCCCCUGUGAGAUUCCAUUGCACUGCGAGAGAGAAGAUGGACGGUAUGGCGGCGAGGGUGGAGAAGCAGGUGCUGCUCUUCCACUGCGUAGAGAUGGAAGACCUGGCUCGCAACGUUGCUUCACAAUCUCCUUCUAUUCAACUACAAUCCAUUAACUGGAGGAGUUUUGAUGAUGGCUUUCCCAAUCUUUUUAUAAACAAUGCACAAAACAUUAGAGGACAGCAUGUUGCAUUUCUGGCAUCUUUCAGCUCACCAGCAGUGAUCUUUGAGCAGCUCUCUGUCAUAUUUGCACUCCCAAGGCUUUUUGUUGCUUCUUUCACGUUGGUGUUGCCUUUCUUCCCAACGGGUUCCUUUGAGAGGAUGGAAGAGGAGGGGGAUGUAGCCACUGCAUUUACUAUGGCAAGAAUAUUGUCCAAUAUUCCCAUUUCAAGAGGUGGUCCCACCAGCUUAGUCAUCUAUGACAUCCAUGCCUUGCAGGAAAGGUUUUACUUUGGAGACCUAGUUUUGCCUUUAUUUGAGACUGGAAUUCCAUUAUUAAAACAACGUCUUCUGAAGCUUCCAGAACAUGAUAAAAUAGUUGUUGCAUUCCCAGAUGAUGGAGCUUGGAAGCGGUUUUACAAGCAAUUCAACAACUACCCUGCUGUUAUAUGCACAAAGGUUCGAGAAGGUGAUAAGAGAAUUGUCAGGCUAAAAGAAGGUAAUCCUGAAGGUUGUCAUGUGAUCAUCGUUGAUGAUUUGGUGCAGUCUGGAGGUACUCUAAUUGAGUGCCAGAAAGUGUUGGCAGCCCAUGGUGCAGCAAAGGUGAGUGCUUAUGUCACCCAUGGUGUUUUCCCUAAGCGGUCGUGGGAACGCUUCCUGCACAAGGAUGGAGGAGGCUCAGAGAAAGCGUUCACCCACUUUUGGAUCACCGAUUCGUGCCCAUUCACUGUAAAUGCCAUUGCCAACAAAGCUCCAUUUGAAGUGUUAAGUCUGGCUGGAUCUAUUGCUGAUGCUCUUCAAAUAUGAAUGAAUACAACCAGCUUAAAGUCUUAAACGUUUGCAACUGGAGUAGGAGUCCAGGAACUGUGGACCUUGCUAUUUUCUUUCACUCUCCUUAAUUAAUCUCUUCUUUUUAUGGAUCUUAUUUUACGCUGUAAUAAGUUAAUAUAUGCACUUACUAGUCAUUAACCGUUGGCUUGGCUUCCCUAACUUCCAUAGUUCCUGGGUAGUGUAGUUUUACAUCCAGUUGCUUAUAAUUUUUCUUCUGCAUAUGAAGUAUUUUCACUUCGUUGUGCUCAGUGUAUUUCUUUGUUCUGUUUAUUUUCUUCGUUUUGGGUACUCUGGCGUUCAGCACUUUUUAUAACACUCAUCUUACAUUCUUACAGAUCAGAAAUUCAGAAUCUUAUUUUGUGGAAUCUUUUAAUGUAAUAACAAGUCUUCAUCCA